AAGCACACAACGCGCACAUUGCCUGAUCAUACUCUUGUUCUUUUAUUUCGAUCGACGAAAAUAUUUGUUCGCUAUUUACUUUUUGUGGCUAUAUUUAUUGAUUGAUUUUUGUGAUUACAUUGUGUCGAGGGUUAUUUUUAGUGUAGUCGAAAUAAAGUGAUAAAGCUGAGAGUGUUGUACGUUACGGAAACCUUUUUUCAUCAUUCGACAGAAGUUCAUCGGCCAACCAAAACAACAGAUCAGCUUUCUUAUUUUUUUUUUUUUUGUUAAGCGCAUUUAUGCAUUUUAUGCGAAUAUAUCGAAAAACCUGAUCGAACAUUCAAUUGCAUACAGCAGCAACGAAAAAUAAAAAUAAAAUAAAAUAAAAUUUAUUUCAAGGAGCAACAAUAACAAUAACAGAAGAAAACGGAGUCUGAUCUUGUGAGCGCGCCCGCACAUUGCACAUUAUUCAUAUACAAGUGAAUGUGUUCUGUGUUGUGUUUUAUGUGCGUGAUUGAAUGUUUGAAAAAAAAAAGAUUGUGUACUUUUUGUGUGACGAAGGCGUGGAGCUGUUUCACAUUCGGAAUAUUUUUGAGUUCUUUUUUCCUCUUUUCAUCAUUUUAGAAAGAGAGAAAUAGCAUGCAAUGAACUAAGCACCGAUGAAGAACUAUUUUAAAUGGCAAAAACGUUCAAACGACAUGACAACUUGCUAAAACAUAGCGAAAAAGAAACAAACAAACGAGCAAAAAUAAACAAAAUAAACCAGAAAUCAUAUCGAUUUUAAAAUUUACUCGUUUCUUCAUCCAUAUACACUGGUGAGCCAUAUUCGUGCAUCUGUCGUCUUGGUGUGCACAUUUUGUUCGGUGCUGUUUUUAGUGCAUGUAACAACAGCUCUCAGUACUAAAUGUCUUCACAAACAUGAAAAUGAAUAUGAGAGUAUGUAUAUGUGUGUGUUUAUAUUAACUGGUGGAGUGUAAAUAAUGUAUAACGAAAUGUCAGAGAUCAACGAUUUUUAUUGAAACAAACUGAGAUAAUAAUGCUAUGAACAUUUUUUUCGGCUUUGAAUAUUCUCUGUUGCUUCGUUCAUAUUCUCAGUCUCUAAGCUGGAAUAUCACGUGAAUUAAGUUUCGAUUACUUUCGUUUUUAAUCAACGUACACAAGCAUUCAACUCUGAACUCAUCUAUCAAAAACAAAAUGAGAAUUUAAUUUUCGAAAUUAAUACUCGUACCAUCAGCAUAUUUGAAACACAAUUUGAUUGUGAAAUUAAAUGAACUUCACCAAAAGAAGUGUGAAAAUUAAAGUGUGUGUUCUUGCGCAAUAAUUGGAAUUUUGGGUGUUGUUUUUCUUCAUUUAAUUAAACACGUAAAAGAAGUUUUUAAGCGAAAAUGCGUAUUUGUCAUUAUCCGGGUCGUGUUGUUGACGCAACAUUGUCGCUCGAUCAGAAGAGUCCGAUGGAAAUGUUGUAUCAAAAUAAUUGGUUAAAUGCUGAUAAAACGAUUAAAACCAUCGGCCGAAAUUCGGCGGCUGUACAAAAUGGACGAUUUUUGGCAAAUAAUUUAACAACACCAUCACCGAAUAGCCAGUACCGAAGUGAACCACUUGAUCGUAAAUAUUUUAGUCAAUCAUCUGGAUCGUUGAGUGCACCGCACAGUUCGUCGGACGAUGAAAAUCGACGAAGUAGCAUUUCAUCGUUGGGACGAUAUCAAGUUACACUGGAAGAAAUGCAAAAAUUAGAUUUAAAUCAAUCGAAUGAAUUAUUUCGAAAGACAAUGCGCAAUUUAAACGGUUACAAACCGUCGACCAUACGUCAGAAGCAUCGACGUAACUAUGAUGGCUGGGAUGAAUUGAAAGAGAAAGUAAUCGAUGAAGAGUCAAAAAAUAAUAAUGGCAAUUGUAAUUGGCAAUCAAAUGGCUAUAAAUAUGAUGCGGUCAAAAGUGAUCAAGUAAUUUUAAUACCGAAAAUUAAGCGAUCACAAACGAUGCGAUACACAACAUCGUCGAAUGGCAACAGUAAGCCAAACACCAUGAACAUUCGACAUGUAUUCAAUCAACAACAGCCGCCGCAGCAGAAACAACAAAAACCAGAACCGGAAAAAAUUGCGAAAAUGCCAACAGCCACGAUAAACAAGAAUUUUAAUCGAUUCAAACGAAACAAUUUGCUAGCCAUUCAAAAUGGCAGCACCGUCGACGAGACGAUGACAAAAUCAACAAAACAGAACGAUCAUUCGGCGAUGAACGAUGGUGGUAAGAAUCGAAACGGCAACGAGUUCAUAAUUCCAAGCAAUUUUUCACAAUUCACAAUGAAAUCGAAUGGAAACAUAAGAACCGAACAAAAACCAAAUGGAACAUGUGAUAAUGAUGGAUCGAAUGGUAAACCGAAGAAAAAACCAUUGUUUCGUGCGAAAAGUGUUCGCAUAAAUCCGACACCAUUGCAAGAUAUCUAUUUUGAGCGAAUGCAUACCGGCAAUGGAUACAAUGAAACAAAUGGCAUUCCAACAAACAAUUGUGAUAAGCGACAGAGUAAUGGCUUUGAUGAGUCGGUGAAUUUGCCGUCGCUACAGCAGCAGCAACAACAACAACAGAAAUUGCCCCGGCUUACAUCAAUCAUGAAAAAGAAACCAAUUGUGAUACCAGCACAACCUUCAUCUUCGCCCGAACAAAUAAAACAAGAUAAAAUGAUGCUCGAUCAAUGGUUCAACUAUCAACAACAGAAAACGAGCAACAAUCCAACAAAUGAGAGUAAUAACAAACACCAAAACCGAAACGUAAAUACAAUCACAGAAGAGAAACAUUCAUCGACAUCGUCGUUGUCGUCAAUAUCGAGCAGCUGUGGCGGUGAUGGUAAUUCGAACGUUUCCGAUUUUAGUAUACCACGACCAAGACUCAUUGUGCCAGUGCAUACAUAUGCACGUAAACGGCGUACGGGAAAUUUGAUCCAAAAUCCAACAGGUGAUCGUGUCGAUGAUGACGGCGGUGCCGUUGUUAUUGAACAACCUCGUAAUUCGAGAAGCAGGAAAAAUGAGGGUCGUGUUGAGGUGUCACGCGAAGGUAAAUAUCUGUCGACAUUAUCUGGAGCAAAAGUACUCGGGGAAUUGGCCAUUUUGUAUAAUUGCCAACGAACCGCAACAAUAACGGCAAACACCGAUUGUAAACUAUGGGCAAUUGAACGACAAUGCUUCCAAACAAUUAUGAUGCGUACCGGUCUCAUUCGGCAAGCCGAAUAUACCGAAUUUUUGCGAAGUGUACCGAUAUUCAAGAGUUUUCCCGAAGAAACUCUCAUCAAGAUUUCCGAUGUUUUAGAAGAAACGCAUUACAAUCAAGGCGAUUAUAUUGUUCGGCAAGGUGCUCGCGGCGAUACAUUUUUCAUCAUUUCAAAAGGAACGGUUCGUGUCACGAUUCGUCAGCCAAAUUCACAAGAAGAGAAGUUUAUUCGAGUUUUGGGAAAAGGCGAUUUCUUUGGCGAAAAAGCGUUGCAAGGCGAUGAUUUGCGUACCGCAAAUAUCAUUUGCGAUUCAGAAGAUGGUGUAACAUGUUUGGUCAUCGAUCGUGAAACAUUUAAACAAUUGAUAUCGAAUUUGGAUGAAAUUCGCAAUAAAUACAAUGAUGAAAGCACUUUGGAACGCAAAAGAAUCAACGAAGAGUUUCGUGAUGUACAGUUAUCUGAUUUACGUGUGUUGUCAACACUUGGUGUUGGUGGUUUCGGUCGCGUUGAAUUGGUACAAAUUCAUUCGGAUGGUUCACGUUCGUUUGCAUUGAAACAAAUGAAGAAGGUACAAAUCGUUGAAACCCGUCAACAACAGCACAUUAUGUCCGAAAAAGAGAUCAUGUACGAAGCCAAUUGCAGUUUCAUCGUUAAAUUGUUCAAAACGUUCAAGGAUCGUAAAUAUUUGUACAUGCUAAUGGAAAGUUGCCUUGGCGGUGAACUAUGGACCAUUUUACGUGAUAAAGGUCAUUUCGAUGAUUCAACAACGCGAUUCUACACGGCCUGUGUGGUUGAGGCAUUUGACUAUUUGCAUUCAAGAAAUAUUAUUUAUCGUGACUUAAAACCGGAGAAUCUUUUGCUUGAUAUCAAUGGUUAUGUGAAAUUAGUCGAUUUUGGAUUCGCCAAAAAAUUACAAACCAGCCGUAAAACAUGGACAUUCUGCGGUACACCUGAAUACGUUGCACCCGAAAUCAUUUUGAAUCGUGGCCAUGAUAUUAGUGCCGACUAUUGGUCACUCGGUGUUUUGAUGUUUGAAUUGCUCACAGGAACACCACCCUUUACUGGAGCCGACCCAAUGCGAACGUACAAUAUAAUUUUGAAAGGAAUCGAUGCCAUUGAAUUCCCACGUAAUAUUACACGCAACGCAACCGCCUUAAUUAAGAAAUUGUGCCGGGACAAUCCAACUGAACGUUUGGGCUAUCAACGUGGUGGUAUUGGCGAAAUUCGAAAGCAUAAAUGGUUCGAUGGAUUCUACUGGGAAGGAUUGGUGAAUCGCUCAUUGACACCGCCGAUAAUGCCGAGUGUGAGUAGUGCCAUAGAUACAGCCAAUUUCGAUGAUUACCCACCAGAUCCAGACGGACCACCCCCAGACGAUGAAACAGAUUGGGAUAAAGAUUUCUAAGCCAAAAACUUGCUUACAUUGAAUUCAAACAGAUCGGCAACUUGGAAAAAACAUUUUUAUACAAAAAAAUCACUGCAAUGUUUUAUUUAGAUAAAAUUUAAGGGGAAAUUGCCUAUUUUCUAUAAGCGUUUCAAGUCAUUUCGUCGCAACAUUGGAAUUUUUACUAAAGAGGAAAGAGUUGAAAAAGUUCAGUUAGUUCUUUUGUUUGUAUGCAAAGUAUAUUUUUGGUGAUGUAUAAAAAAAUGGUAGUGCGACAUUAUUUAGAACGAUGUUGCCUGCAUCAAACAUAAAUCAAAAUUUUGAAAAUUUAAAGGAGAAAUUGAAUUGUUCAUUUUAUUAUUAUUAUUAUUAUUAUUUUUAUUUUUAAAUGCUAGAAUAGUCAUGUUUGUAAC